AUGGUAGAUUACGAGAUAACCAUCUACACUCGCAAUUGUUUUAAUGCCACCACCUUUAAUAGCGUCCACAUGAAAAUUGUGGGCGUGAAUGGUACGAGUGACUGCAUACCGCUGAAUUAUUUGUACAUCCUAAGGGGAUCAGUGUUUACUUUCACUGUUUCCUGCCCAAACUCCCUUGGACAGCUGAUACUGAUAGAACUAGUGAGAAGACCAAACCUCCUUUUGCCCAAUGACGCUUGGUUCCCUGAUAAGGUCAAAAUCAAAUGUCAUGAGGGCAAACACUACACCUUUCCUAUCUAUUGCUGGCUCAAUGACAGUGAAACUCGCCGCUUUAGGGAGGGCAAAGCCUUAAGGAUCUUUGAUGAAACUAGCCGCGAUGGUAAAGAUGCGAGGAGCAAUGAGCUGGCUCAAAGAAAAGUAGACUAUUGCUGGGAUGUGUACGCCCCAGGAUUGCCCCACACCAUUAAGGCAGAUGGUCCUACAUGCUUGCCCCCUGAAGUGCAGUUCUCCUUUACCAAAGAGACUGAGUUUGCUUACACAGUGAUCACAAGUUUGGCUGAGCUUAAGCUAAAAGGACUGGUCGGUAACCAAGAAAAUUGGAAAAAUCUGGACCAUCUCAAGGAUGUGUUCUGGCACAAAGAUACCCCGUUGUCAGUUUAUGCCAGUAAGCACUGGGAAGAGGAUUGGUUUUUCGCAUACCAGUUUCUAAACGGCAUACAUCCCACUUUGAUUCGACGUUGCUCUAAUCUGCCCGAGAACUUUCCUGUGACUGACGGCAUGGUCUCCAUGCCCAAGGGCACAAACUUGAUUGAAGAGUUGAAGAAAGGCAACAUAUACCUGUGUGACUACAAAAACCUGGAUGGAAUGCCAGCCAACAUCAUAAAAGGGAUUCAGCAGUACUUUGUGGCUCCUCUUGUCUUGCUUCAUCAAACACCCAACAGGCUGAUGCCUAUUGCCAUUCAGCUGAAGCAAAAUCCAGCUAAAGACAACCCCAUAUUCGUCCCAACGGACUCCAAACAUGACUGGCAGUUGGCUAAGACUUAUGUGAGAAGUGCCGAUUUCCAGGAACACCAACUCAAUUCACAUUUUCUGCGCACUCAUCUACUGGCCGAAGUUUUUGCUGUGUCACUGCUACGCAAUCUGCCCAUGGUGCAUCCCCUGUACAAGCUCCUCGUACCCCACACACGCUAUACUCUGCAGAUAAAUGUAUUAGCUAGAGACCGGCUAAUAGGACCCAGUGGAGUCUUCACGCUGUUUGCAGCCUCUGGUGGAAAAGCGUUGAGAGAAAUCUUGGCACAAUCACUGUCCGCCGUCACCUACAGGUCUCUUUGCAUCCCUGACGACAUAGAUGAUCGCAAAAUGAAGGACGUGCCAAACUUCUAUUACAGGGAUGAUGGACUCAAACUGUGGCACAUCAUGUUCAAAUUUGUGCAGGACAUUAUACAGUACUACUACAAAAGUGACAAAGAGGUCAAGCAAGACUCAGAGCUGCAGAUGUGGGUAAAGGACAUUUUCGAACACGGAUUCCUUUCUAAACCACAAUCAGGAAUCCCUCAGAGUUUCACCACUGUGCCACAGCUGAUCAAGUUUGUCACCAUGGUGAUGUUCACUUGCUCAUGCCAGCAUGCAGCUGUAAACACCGGACAGUUCGACUACUGUGGCUGGAUGCCAAACAGCCCAUCCACUUUGAAGUGUCCUCCUCCGACCAAAAAGGGGACAACAAGCGAGGCCACAAUGUUCCAGACAUUGCCACCUAUCGGUGUGACAGCUCAGGGAAUGGCCGCAGUCUGGCUGCUCAGCAAGCAGUCCUCAGACUUUGUCCCCCUCGGAGUAUACCCAGAAGACCAUUUCUCCGAAGAGACCCCCUGUGAGCUGCUUAAGGUUUUCAAAAAGGAACUUGAUGAGCUGUCAGAUGCAAUAAACCUGAGAAACAAAAACCUAGACAUCCCUUACACUUACCUUGAUCCAAAGAACAUAGAGAACAGUGUGUCCAUCUAA